GGGUCAGUCAGCAGCCAGGGGACUCACCGUGUGGACUGACUCGGGCGUGGUGCCCCUCCUCCCUCUCUUGCAGGACCAUGCCAUCCUCCAUCACCUGGGGCCUCCUCCUGCUGGCGGGGCUGUGCUGCCUGGCCCCCCGCUCCCUGGCUGAGGAUCUCCAGGGAGACGCUGUCCAGGACACCGAUGCUUCCCAGCACGAUCACGAGCACCACGCGGAGCCAGCCUGCCACAAGAUCGCCCCGAACCUGGCCGACUUCGCCUUCAGAAUGUACCGCCAGGUGGCUCAUGAGUCCAACAAAACCAACAUCUUCUUCUCCCCCGUGAGCAUCGCUACGGCCUUUGCGAUGCUCUCUCUAGGGGCCAAGGGUGACACUCACUCCCAGAUCAUGAAGGGCCUCGGUUUCAACCUCACUGAGAGAGCAGAGGGUGAGGUCCACCAAGCCUUCCAGCAACUCCUGCACACGCUGAACCACCCCGACAACCAGCUACAGCUGACCACUGGCAACGGUCUCUUCGUCGCCGAGAGCGUUAAGCUACUGAAUAAGUUUUUGGAAGAUGUCAAGAGCCUGUACAACUCAGAAGCCUUCUCCAUCAACUUCGGCGACACCGAGGCGGCCAAGAAACAGAUCAAUGAUUAUGUAGAGAAGGGAACCCAAGGGAAAAUUGUGGAUUUGGUCCAAGAUCUCGACAAAGACACAGUUUUCGCUCUGGUGAAUUACAUUUUCUUUAAAGGUAAGGUUGCAACACCGCCCUGAGCUGUUUCCCACAAA